GAGGAGCUGAGCAUUUGCGACAAUUCUCCAACAAAAAAGCAAAUAUUGAACGCCUCCGUGACAUUUAAGCCUCCCAGAGCCAUUGCAAAAGAGUCUCAAUUCACCUACUCGAGGCUCAAAGCUUUGCUGAUACUUGAAGUCGACCAGAAGCAGAAGGCAAAAGAAUGGGUAGUCUCUAGACACUCACGAUGUCAAAUGAGCCACAGUUUUAUUUCCUCAAGCCUCCGGGCCUACCCAUCUCGCAACGCGACAACCUGCUCGGUCGAAUCGUGAAGAACUAUGCGAACCCAACGGCAGAUUACACCCCAAACGGCAUCCCCAAGAACAACGUCGCGUUUCCAGCCCCGCCACUCAGCUCCGGCCUCAGGGAUGCUACAUCGGUCCUGAGCUCCUCCUCCCAGGCCACGGCCAAGGCGCUGAUGACCUCCCUCGCCUCCCUGACGAAAGAGAAGGAACGCGACGGAAGCAUCUCGUUCGAGAGCGAGACGCUGGAGGUGGUGCGCCUCCAGCAGCACGGCGACACCUUCGACCUGCUGAAAGCGACGCCUGAGGUGCGGGACAAGCUGGCCAAGUACGUGCGCAUCGGCGGCAGGGCCUACUUCGUGGUCGGCCUACUCAUCUGGAAGGACGCCCGCUUCUCUGCCGGCGCCGGAUCGAGCGAGAGGACGCUGGCGACGGCCAAGGUCCCCGUGGACGCUGCCGUGAUGGCUGCCACGGGAGGCGUACCCGUGCCGAUCGGGUCCGUCGAGCUGGACGUCGAGGGCUCAAGGUCGACGAAGAGCUCGCUGGACGCGACGGCGGCGGGGGAGCAGAUCAUCGGCGUCGAAUACAGGCUCAUCAAGCGAGAGUUCUUUGGCAUUGGCUCAACGGCAAAAGUUUCCGACUCGCAGGUUCGAUACGAAGGCGGAAAGUACUACGGCAAAGGUGCGAAUGAUGACGACGAUGAUGAUGACGAUAAUGAUGACGACGAUGACGAAGGGCCGGAAGACACUCUAAAAGGUGUUACACUUACCGAAGAAGCCGUUGUAGGAAAUGCAUCUUAGUGAAUGAAGCAAUUGCAAUAUAGACCGUCUCGAUAUACAAGAACCCCCCAGCUUAAGCGUCGUAGCGUUAGUUCGUGCUCUAGUAAUAAACUAGCUAAAUAACGAAU